AUGAAGGCCGAAGACCUUGGCUGCAGUCCAGCGCAGCUCGUCUACGGCUGCAGCCUGCGCCUCCCCGCCGAAUUCUUCGUCGAGUCAAGCUCGCCCUCCACCCCUUCCGAGCUCCUCGACCGCCUCCACCGCGUCUUCGACAGCCUCCGCCCAGUACCCACCCGUGCCAACUCCUCCUGCAAGCCCUACGUCCCGCAACAAAAUGCCACUGCCACCCGUGUUUUCCUCCGCAUCGACGGAGUUAAGCCAUCCCUUGUUCCCCCCUAUACUGGCCCCCAUCACGUUCUGCACCGCUCUGACCAAACUUUCCGCAUACUCAUCAACAGACGGGAAGAGACAGUCAGCCUGAACACGCUUAAGCCCGCCUUCCUGGAGAAUGCGGACCCUUUCGUCUCGUCACUCUCGAACACUACAGACUUCGACCGUACGCCUUCGCCCAUCGACUGCCAGGCCCGAGCUUCCUCGCCGUUUUCAGCGGGGGAGGGAGGCACUGGUGCGGCGCUUCCAGCCGCCGGACGAAGAAGCUGA